CAUGCGCCAUUAGGCGUUUUCAAGGCUAUAACAUGCAUACGAUGGAGGAAACUAGCUCUACACCCAACAGGAAGAGUGAUGAGUGUGUGGGUCCAGGGAAAAACUUCGCAGGAAGAGACUCUUCUGCUGUACAGAAGGAGGAAGAUGGCUCUAAAAGGGGCUCUCACUCCCCUACACUCACCGCGAAGAGUGAGGAGUGUAUGGGUCAAGCAAAAACCUUUACAGGAGGAGAUUCUUCUGCUGGACAUGUCCAGCAGGGGGCGUCAGGCACACAGUCCAAGAGGACAGACAAGACCAGACAAGAGAAGGACUCUGCCUCAGAACACAGAUGGACACCAGAGGAGGCAGAGAUCCAUGAGAAACUCAGAUCUACUCUGAAGAGCAAGUUUCAGCAGCUGGUUGAGGGAGUACCAAAUCAGGGAGACCCCAGACUCCUCCAAGAGAUCUACACAGACCUCUACGUCACAGAGGGGGGAGGAGGAGGAGGGGUCAGUUAUGAACAUGAGGUCAGACAGAUAGAGAGGGCAUCCUGGAGAAGAGAAGCACAGGACAGACCAAUCAAAUGCAGUGACAUCUUUAAUCGCUUACUGGAAGAGGAAAGACGCAGAAAAGAACACUUCCUGGAAGAAGAGAGAAGAAUCUCUGAGCCCUUUCACAGACAACACAAACACCUCAGAACAGUGCUGACCAAGGGAGUGGCUGGCAUUGGGAAAACUGUCUCAGUGCAGAAGUUCAUUCUGGACUGGGCUGAAGGAACAGCCAAUCAGGAUGUCCACUUCAUAUUUCCUCUUCCUUUCCGGGAGCUAAACUCGAUGAAGGAGGAGAAACUCAGUCUGGUGGAUCUUAUUCAGCACUUUUUCCCAGAAAUCAAAGAUUCCAGAAUAUUCUCCAGUUCAGAGAACAGAGUCAUGUUCAUUUUUGAUGGUCUGGAUGAGUGUCGACUUCCUCUAGAUUUCCUCUCCAACCCGAGGUGUUGUGAUGUGACAGAGCCAGCCUCAGUGGACGUGCUGCUGACAAACCUCAUCGAGGGGAAUCUGCUUCCUUCUGCUCUCCUCUGGAUCACCACCCGACCAGCAGCAGCCAAUCAGAUUCCUUCAAAGUGUGUGGACCAGGUGACAGAAAUAAGGGGAUUCAAUGACCAACAGAAAGAGGAGUACUUCAGGAAGAGAAUCAGUGAUGAGAACCUGGCCAGCAGAACAGUCACACACCUGAAGUCAUCCAGGAGCCUCUACAUCAUGUGCCACAUUCCAGUCUUCUGCUGGAUUACAGCCACUGUUGUAGAGAGAACAUCAGAAUCGGAGAACGUAAAAAUGCCACGGACUCUCACUCAAAUGUACACACACUUCCUGAUAGUUCAGACAAGCAUCAAACAGAAGUACACAAAGAGAAAAGAGACAGAUGAAGAGGUGAUAUUCAAACUUGGGAAACUGGCUUUCCAACAGCUGGAGAAGGGCAAUCUGAUCUUCUAUGAGGAGGACCUGAGAGAGUGUGGCAUUGACGUCACAGAAGCAUCAGUGUACUCAGGAGUGUGUACUCAGAUCUUCAGAGAGGAGGCUGGGCUGUACCAGGGGAGGGUGUUCAGCUUUGUGCAUCUGAGCAUCCAGGAGUUUCUUGCAGCUCUGUAUGUGUUCCUCUGCUUCAGCAACAGACAGAGAAACAUGCCUGACCAACAGCAAACCUCUCAGCUCUCUGCUCUGUUCAGAGCUGCAACACUUCAUGACCUACACAAGACUGCAGUGGACCUGGCCUUACAGAGUAAGAAUGGACACCUGGACCUUUUCCUCCGCUUCCUUCUGGGCCUCUCACUGGAGUCCAAUCAGAAUCUCUUAAAGCACCUUCUGCCACAGAGCAGUAGCCAAUCAGAUAGCUCAGAGAAAACAGCCCAGUAUGUCAAACAGAAGAUCAGAGAUCAGAGGAGCUCAGACAGAGAUGAAGAUGAAGAUGAUUCAAACAGAGAUGAAGAUGUAUAUAAUUCAAACAGAGAUGAAGAUGUAUAUAAUUCAAACAGAGAUGAAGAUGUAUAUAAUUCAAACAGAGAUGAAGAUGUAUAUAAUUCAAACAGAAGGAUCAACCUGUUCUACUGUCUGAAUGAGCUGAAUCACCAUGCUGUAGUGGAGCACAAAAUGAGCACAGAUAAUCUGCAUGUAGAGAUGCUCUUACCUGGACAGUGGGAGACUAAGAAAUUUCAGUUUAAGAUGUCAGAGGAGCAGCUGGCUGAGUUUGACCUGCAGAAGUACAUAAAGACACCAGAGGAAGAUCAGACUGAACUCCUCAGUCCAGAGGAAGUUCUUCAGAAGGUGCUGCCAGGAGUCACAUCAGCUCUGCUGCAGAACUGUAAGCUGACAGAGAAGAGCUGUUCCUAUCUGGCCUCUGCUCUUACAUCACUCUCCUCAAGACUCAGACUGCUGGACCUGAGUGGGAAUGACCUGCACGACUCAGGAGUGGAACUUUUAUGUUCUGCUCUUUCUCAUCAAAACUGCAAACUGGAGGAACUACGGCUGCAGCACUGUAUCCUGACAGAGAAGAGCUGUUCCUAUCUGGCCUCUGCUCUUACAUCACUCUCCUCAAGACUCAGACUGCUGGACCUGAGUGGGAAUGACCUGCACGACUCAGGAGUGGAACUUUUAUGUUCUGCUCUUUCUUAUCAAAACUGCAAACUGGAGGAACUACGGCUGCAGAACUGUAAGCUGACAGAGAAAAGCUGUUCCUAUCUGGCCUCUGCUCUUACAUCACUCUCCUCAAGACUCAGACUGCUGGACCUGAGUUGGAAUUAUUACCUGUGGGACUCAGGAGUGGAACUUUUAUGUUCUGCUCUUUCUCAUCAAAACUGCAAACUGGAGGAACUACAGCUGCAGCACUGUAUCCAGACAGAGAAGAGCUGUUCCUAUCUGGCCUCUGCUCUUACAUCACUCUCCUCAAGACUCAGACUGCUGGACCUGAGGAACAAUAUGUUUGGCUUUGAGAAUAAACUGAGUGACUCAGCUGUAGAGGAGCUCUCUGCUCUAGUGAAGGACCCACACUGUAAACUGGAGGAACUAAAAGUGAAUAGGUGUACCUUCAGAAAGGAGAGUCCAGCAGCAGCAGCAGCCUCCACUAGCAGCUCCCACUCAGAUGCUGCAGAGCUGCACCUCAGAGACAAAGCCCAGCAGGACCCAGGAGCACAGCUGCUCUCUCUGGACACUCACAAGGAGGAGCACCACAGUGAUGCCCCACAGAGGAGCUGUGAAUCCUGUGCUGAAGUUCCAGACUCCAGCCACUGGGUCCUGAUGAAGCCUGAAGUCUCCACAGAGAAGAGCGUCUCCACCUACAGCCUGAGCUCUCCUGCAGGGAGCUACGAGUGCCCAAAGUCUGGUCUGCGCUGGACGUGUGCUGGUCCAGUCACCCUGCAGUACUGCUUCAUGGACUGGCAUGCCUUUGCUGAAGAGCUGGCCCACAUGCAGUCCAGACCAGCUGGUCCUCUGAUGGACAUCAUGCUCAUGUCAGGAGAGCUGGAGGAGAUCCAUCUGCCACAUUUCCUCUGUUUGGGGGGUUGUGAGGCGCCUGUGCGUGAUGCUGUGAGGGUCCUGCAUGGGCGGGACAGCGGAGUGUGUGUGGAGGAGUGUGAGCUGACCCGACACCAUGCCAGACUUCUCCACCCAAACCUCUCUCCUCUUGGAGUUAUUUACAACCUCUUCAAAUCCCUGCUGUCUCCCAUGAGGGUCCACUCAGAAGUGCUGGUCUACCAGAGCAGCACGAUGCCCGUUUUCCGCACCUACCUCCUGCCUGAGGAUGCCCAUCUGAAGCAGCUGGUGGAGAGAGAUGAGGAGAAAUUAGGGGGCGUUUGGAGGUCAAAACCUCAGCCAGUCAGGGCCCUUCAGAUGGACGGCUUCUACAGCCUGAGGACUGACAGUUCCUCUGAGAUCUACCCAGAGGAGCUGAUGCUGAGGUACAGCGCCACCACCCCCAACUUCUUUGAGGUUUAUGAGGCUGCUGCCUCCUUCCACAUGGAGCUGUUCAGCUCUGCGGACAGCAGGGGGCAGUGUGUGGAGAGCAAAGUUUCAGUCCAGUGACGACAGAGCAGAGACUCAGGAAAUGACCAGGAUCACUCCCACUGAAGGUCGGAGCAGCAGUCAGACUGUGGUGGCUCCUUCAGUGUCCCAUAACCAAGUCCAGAGAGACGUGAACAUCACAACUCAUAUUCACGUGCAACCAUCCUCAGCAGUCAACACAGACGGCUAAUCGGUGAGUUAACUUCUCACAUAAAAACACAGACGGCUAAUCGAUGAACUCAACCUUAAGGAGCCCCUUCUAGAUGACAACUGCAAGAGGAGGAUGGAGCGCUCUCUCAGAUCAACUUAAAUAUGAGCAAGAAGAGGAUGGAGCGCUCUCUCUCAGACACUUACAAAUGGAGCAGGACCUAAAUACCUAUCGGACAUGCUUCAGCAGUACACACCU